GCGGUGUGAGAGGCCUCUUUGUGUCUGGCUGUGACACAGGAGCAGCAGCAGCAGCAGGAGGAGGAGGUCUAUGUGUGAGAGAAAGAGGGGAGGUGAGUCGGUGCCUUCCUCAUCAACACUUCAGUCUCCAGCCCCCCUCCUCCUCCCCCUCCUUCUCAAGCCUCUCACAUUAGCAGAACACCCCUUUAGGUGGCUUCCCCAAGGGAGGAGUGGGGAGCUGCUGCCUAAUUGUAUCAGGGUCCUGAGAUGGCUUAUUCCUUGUAGGAUCCUGUUCUCGCAUACAGCUGGAAAACUGCAAGACACAUCCUACUGCAGCCUGAGCAGGGCCUCAUCUUGGGAGGAUAACUCCAAGCAAGCUGGGAAUAUCUUGGAUUUGGGACACACAGCUGCCUAAACCGAUGAGGUCUGUUUUUUGGCUGGACAAUCAAAUUUAUCAUCUGAGUUGCUGCAAAACCCUCCCAGGACAAGAUCUGUGUAUCACACAAAUGGGAUUUAUGGAUAAAGAAGACAAUCUUUUUACAGGCUAGAAGGAAGAAAACUGAGUAACGUGGAAAAGAGAAGAAAAAGGGGCUCAUAUUUUAUAUAGGAAUAAGAUAAAGCACAACCAAAAAUCCAUAAAGAAACGACUUGCUUGAGAAUUCUGAAAUAUUGACAUCAUUUAUUUAAAACAAUCUUAGAUUAGACUUUAUUCAAGAGAGGACAAUCCAUAAAAAAUAUUACUAUAGAGGCAGAAUGGUAUUUAUUUUUACCCCUACGAGGGGGAAGACAUGGCUGUAGACCCCCAUUGGUGAUUUUCUUAUUUGGAUAUGUCAUUACUAGGACCGUGUAAUAAGUUUAUUAGGAUGCUAUAGAAGAGUGGGGAUCAUACUGGUUUUCUCAGGGAUAAGCCUCCACCAGAAUGAGCAUUCUCCAGCAGGAGAAGAAGAUCUAGUCCACUGAGGAUCCUGCAAUUCCAGGCCCUCUACCCUUAUGGAUUAGCAGAUAGAAGUACCGUUAUUGGAAAAUCGGAUUACACCCAGAAGACUUGGAUACGCUGUAAUAUUUACUGUGUCUCCAUAAUAUCUUCCAUAUCUGUGGAAUAACUCAGGUUAUGGCUCCAAAUCAGAGUCUGGUCCUUCUCCUCCUUGGCUUACACUCUACUCUGCUGCUGGCCACAGCUGCCGCGGCUCAGAAUGAAGAGCGUUUGUGUGCCUACAAAGAUCCUAAUCAUAUGGACCAUGGGGUCAGUGAAAGCCAAAUAUCCCCAGAGAACGGCACAGUGGAAUGUUCUAAGGGCAGUACCUGCUUUGGAUUAUGGGAAAAAACAAGAGAUGGUGAAAUCAAUCUUGUCAAACAAGGUUGCUGGUCAUAUAUAGGUGACCCACAUGAUUGUAACCAUGAAGAAUGUGUGGUCACUACCAACCCACCACUCAUCCAAAAUGGGACUUAUCGUUUUUGUUGCUGUAGUGCAGACAUGUGCAAUGUCAACUUUACAGAGAAUUUCACACCACCAGAUCCUCCAGACACAACACCCAUCACUCGUCCAGGUUGGGAGCAUCGUGAGUUGACAGUCAUCAUUGCUCUCGCUUCUGUAUCAGUCCUGGCUGUACUCAUUGCUGUCUUCUUCUUCACAUACAGAAUAUUUGGAGACGACCGUAAACAAAGUCUUCACAGUAUGAAUAUGAUGGAAGCUGCAACCUCAGAGCCAUCCCUGGACCUGGACAACCUGAAGCUAUUGGAGCUCAUUGGCCGUGGCCGAUAUGGCUCGGUGUACAAAGGAUCAUUGGAUGAGCGUCCAGUGGCAGUAAAAGUCUUCUCUUUCAACAACCGUCAGAACUUCAUCAAUGAAAGGAGUAUUUACCGCACUCCUUUGCUGGAACAUGAUAACAUAGCUCAUUUUAUUGUGGCUGAUGAGAGAGUGACUUCAGAUGGGCGUCUGGAAUACCUUCUAGUAAUGGAGUAUUACGCAAAUGGAUCUCUGUGCAAGUAUUUAAGUGUUCACACUAAUGACUGGCUUGGCUCUUGUCGCCUGGCACACUCGGUUACCAGGGGACUGGCGUAUAUGCACACAGAGUUAUUACGAGGAGAUCACUAUAAACCUGCUAUUUCUCACCGUGAUCUCAACAGCCGCAAUGUUCUGGUGAAAAGUGAUGGCUCCUGUGUUAUCAGUGACUUUGGCUUGUCCAUGCGCCUGACAGGAAACAGGCUGGUGAGGCCUGGAGAUGAAGAUAAUGCAGCCAUCAGUGAGGUUGGCACUAUCCGUUACAUGGCGCCCGAGGUCUUAGAAGGGGCGGUGAACCUGAGAGACUGUGAGUCUGCACUGAAACAAGUGGACAUGUACGCUCUGGGUCUGAUCUAUUGGGAGAUCUUCAUGAGAUGCACUGACCUUUUCCCAGGUGAAUCUGUGCCCGAAUAUCAGAUGGCAUUUCAGGCAGAAGCGGGUAACCACCCUACAUUUGAAGAUAUGCAGGUAUUGGUUUCCAGAGAGAAACAACGGCCCAAGUUUCCAGAGGCAUGGAAGGAGAACAGCCUGGCUGUCAGGUCACUAAAAGAAACCAUUGAUGAUUGUUGGGAUCAAGAUGCAGAGGCCCGUCUGACAGCUCAAUGUGCAGAAGAGAGAAUGGCUGAGCUGAUGAUGAUCUGGGAAAGGAACAAGUCAGUGAGCCCAACCAUCAACCCAACAUCUACGGCAGUUCAGAAUGAACGCAAUCUUUCACAAAGCAGGCGAAUCCCAAAGAUUGGACCGUACCCUGAUUAUUCGUCAUCCUCUUUUAUUGAAGACUCUGUGCACAAUUCUGACAGUAUAUUGAAGAACAUCUCAUCUGAGACCUCCAUGUCCAGCACUCCUCUUACCUCUGGUGAGAAGAACCGGAACUCCAUAAAUUAUGAGCGUCAGCAGGCUCAGGCUCGCCUUCCCAGCCCAGAGACUAGUGUUACCAGUUUGUCAACCAACACUACCACUACCAACACCACCGGACUCACACCAAGUACUGGUAUGACUACAAUUUCUGAGAUUCAGCACUUAGAUGAAACAAUGCAUGGCAUACCGCCCAAUGGGCCUACUCCUGUGUGUCUGCAGCUGACAGAGGAAGAUUUAGAGACAAACAAGCUGGACCCAAAAGAGGUAGAUAAAAAUCUAAAGGAAAGUUCAGAUGAGAACCUUAUGGAACAUUCCCUUAAGCAGUUCAGCGGGUCUGAUCCUCUGAGUAGCACAAGCUCCAACUUAUUUUACCCACUAAUAAAGCUGGCUGUGGAGUCCACAGGACAACAGGACUUUACCCAAUCAGGGAAUGGUCAAGUUUGCUUAGUUCAGGAUGUUCACCCUGCACAACUUUAUCCUCUUCCUAAGCAACAAAACCUUCCUAAGAGACCUACCACCCUCCCACUUAACACGAAAUCCUCUGGUAAAGAGUCGAGGCUCAAGUUUGGCAGCAAACACAAAUCUAACUUGAAGCAUGUUGAAACAGGAGUAGCCAAAAUGAACACAGUGAGUGCUGCAGAACCUCAUGUGGUCACUGUCACUACAUCAACAAUCGGGGGCAGGACAGGCUAUGGGAACACUCAAGGUCCUUUAGCUCCAAAUUCUAACACAGCCUUAGGACCCAGUACAAACUCAAUGGCUCAAAGGGCCCAGGAGAUGCUACAGAGCCAGUUUAGAGGUGAGGACAGCCGCCUGAAUAUCAACUCCAGCCCUGAUGAGAAUGAGCCGUUAUUGAGACGAGAGCAGCAGGUUGGACAGGAUGAGUCUGUGCUGGACCGACUGGUGGAAAGAAGGGAUUGCCCUUCGGAGAGCAGGGUGAACUCAAAUAACAAUAAUAACAGCAGCCAGUGUAUUCUUCAAGACCCAGGGACACAAGCUGUAGCUGUAGAAUCUAGGCAGCGUCACACAAGAAGAGCACAGAGACCAAACUCUCUAGACUUGUCCACCACCAGUAUUACGGAUAACUGCUGCAUGCAGAGUGAGACACUAUCUGACAGUCGGGCUGGCUCAGGGGAGAAGAUUAAGAAGAGAGUGAAGACGCCUUACUCCCUUAAAAGGUGGCGCCCUUCUACAUGGGUCAUCCCCACUGAACGCCAGGACUGUGAGGUCAACAAUAAUGGGGGCAGUGAAUCUUUCAGCCACUCAAAAUCGAGCACAGCUGUAUACCUUAUAGAUGGUGGCACUGCCACUGCUGCCCUUUCUAAGGAUGCCAGAAUGAGCUGCUUGUAAAUAACCAAUCAUCUCUUUUUUUCCCUUGUUCUUUUUUUAUGUUGAAUUUUGAAUGCCUCCAAAUCCAGUUCUUUUUGUAUCAUCAAGUGGAAAGAAGACACGGAAAACCUAUUUCUACCAUCAAAUCUAAAAAGGACUUUACAUAACUCUCAUGGAUCUAGAGAAAACUGCAUGCAGUUGCGGUUCAAGUCCCUCCAAAGCCACAAGGUUCAGCUAUGCAGAUUAAACACACAGAUAAACAUUUUAUGCUUCCAUGGUUUUAUUUUGACCAUUUUUGUUCUGUUAACUUUUGGAACAUUUCUGCAUGUUGUUUGCCCAGAACAUCAUGUUAUAUGUAUGAACAUUAGAUGAAAAAAGCAAGAAAGAGAAAAAACACGAAACAGCACCUGAUAUCUCUAUUGUUAAAAUGACAAAGAAGAUGAUACCUUUGACCACUGUGGUCUCUAAAAUGAAAGCUGUGAGACAGGAUAAACUGCAGCAGUCUUGUGCACGCAAUUUUUAUUUCUAAGCUGUGUCUAGUCUGUAUGUUGAUGUGUUGAGGGUGCAUUCGUUCAAGGAGAAGUAUACAAAGAAAUGCUUAUUUUCUGCCUUUUCUUUUAGUAGCAAAGACUUUGCACUUUUAGGUGAAAGCACUACAAGUCAUAAGUAUAAUGGCUGCCUCCCCAAAAUUUUCCAGUUCCAAAUCCUCUAUGUUCCAUUUACAUACCUAUGAAAGAUUUUAGCCAUUUGUUAUAAAGAGCCACAGGAAUUGGAGAAACAGAGGCACAACAUGAGACAAUGUACGGUAGUUCAUGAAUUUUGGGCUUUUGAGCAACAUGUUUCCUUUCAUCUGGCUUAUUUGCGUAUUGGACAACCAUUCUUAGAUGAAAACACAUAGAGGGAGAGGAAGGAUGCAUAAGGCUUUAAAGCAUAUGUUAAAAAAAAAAAAGAAAUAGAUUAAAAGAUUAUAUAAAUAUAUAUAUAAGUGAUUAUAACAAGAAAAGAGCUUAUAAAAGUGAUAUUUUAGCCUAUCUGUGCAAGAGUGAAACACUUGUUUAACUGAGUGGAUUUCUCGGCUCUGGCUUUUGAUGUACUUGGUUGAAAUGUGCAAUGGUUUAUAUAUUUUUUGCCACGCUUUACUGGAAAAUACACUUCACUAACACUAAAUCACUUUCUGUCAUGUUUGUGAUUUUUUUUCUGUGGAAAUUUUUGUUUCUUGAAUCAUUUCCCACGAGCUGCUCUUUGUAUCUGGAAGCCGCCCGUUGCUGGUUUUGUCCUGUGAAUAUGCUUUACUUUGUACUUUUAAUAUAUACAGAAUAAAUGUAUGCAAAAUGCAGAUUCUAAAACCCAGGUCUAUCCUCAUACCU